AUCAAUAUAAUAAAGCAUCAACACAGCAGGGGAGGAAUUAGAGGAGAGGAGAAAGUCGUUGAGCUGAAAAGCAUGUCAAAGUCAGACGCAGUAGCGAAUGGCCUAGCGGGAGCUGGUGGUGGUAUUAUUGCCCAGAUAAUCACUUAUCCUCUCCAAACUGUAAAUACACGCCAGCAAACGGAGAGACUGGCCAAGAAGAAGAGGAAGGAUGAUGAAGGCCUACACGGUGAUUCUCAUCCUCAACGCCCUGCAACUGGCACUCUUUUCCAAGUACUUCAGGUCAUUAAAGCCGAAGGUUGGGGUGGGCUUUAUAGCGGCCUGAAACCUUCUCUGUUUGGAACUGCUGCUUCUCAGGGAAUUUAUUACUACUUUUAUCAAGUUUUCAAGAACAAGGCUGAGGCCAUUGCAGCUGCUCACAAAGCCAAAGGGCGUGGAGAUGGUACUGUCGGCAUGUUUUCUUGGCUUGUUGUGGCUGCUUUAGCUGGGUCAUUGAAUGUAUUGCUGACAAACCCAAUAUGGGUUCUUGUGACUCGUAUGCAGACACAUACCCAAGCAGAAAGAAAAAUUGUGGAGGGAAAGAAAGAAGCUUUAUUAAGGGAAGUUUCUGAAGGUGGCUCAAUAAGUCCAUCUGUACAGGUCAAAUUGGCUGAACUUGACACAACAAAACCUCGUCCUUAUGGUACUUUACACGCGGCACAUGAAGUUUAUAAUGAAGCUGGAAUUACUGGAUUUUGGAAAGGCAUCAUUCCUACGCUUAUUAUGGUAUGCAAUCCAUCGAUCCAGUUCAUGAUUUAUGAGACAUCAUUAAAGCAUCUAAGGGCAAGACGUUCCGCAAGCAAGCGGGGGUAUAAAUAUCCUACUGCUCUACAGGUCUUCUUACUAGGAGCCUUGGCAAAGCUGGGAGCAACUGUCUCAACAUAUCCCCUGUUGGUUGUCAAGUCGAGACUUCAAGCAAAACAGGAGAUUGGCGGAAAUACUUCAAUGAGAUACUCAGGUACUCUUGAUGCGAUAAUUAAAAUGAUCCGUUAUGAAGGGUUGCCUGGUUUUUAUAAGGGGAUGAGCACAAAGAUAGUACAGAGUGUUUUUGCAGCUUCUGUGCUUUUCAUGGUUAAGGAGGAGCUUGUUAAGGCUUACACAGCGCUGGUAGAUAAGAGCAAGAAAGUUAUAUUAAAUUUGAGUAAUUGAUAUCAUCAUUGUCUUUGGUCAUAAUUUAUAGCUCACAACUUGGCAACUAUGAUAUUCAUCAUGGAUAUCUGAUUAUGUCUUUUUUAGCUCCCUUGUUUGAUUCUUCCAUGAGCAGAACAGAGAUCUGGUGGUUUUGGAAUGAUGAUCAGGAGAGGUUGGCCAUUAGAAGGGGGUGCUGACUUAUUAAUGAGACAAGCUAAAUAUGUCAUUAUCUUCACAUUCAUAAUGUAUAAUUGUAGACGUUGGAUCUCCUAGUGUUUUGUUGAUGCAGCUCUUUUCUGAAAAAGGUUUUUUUAAAUUCGUUUAUUUUAGAGUAAUAAAUAAUUGUGCAUUGAUAUUCCCGUA